GGGCGGGGUUGGCGGGGCGGCAGGCCGGACGUGGCGGUCGCCAUGGCCACAGCAACAGACCGGGUGGUUGGGUUCGGCUUGGUCGCCUUCAGCCUCGUCCUUUUUGUGUACUACACUCUCUGGAUCAUCAUACUGCCCUUCAUUGACAGCAACCAUGGGAUCCACCGGUACUUCUUGCCUAGGGAAUACGCGGUUAUCAUCCCCGUGGUGGCCGGGCUGCUGCUGCUGCUAUUUAUAGGCAUUUUUAUAAUGGUUGUGAUGUGGAGGAGCAGGAAACCUGCCAAGAAAUCGGACUGAAGGCCCAGGUGAGAGAGAUGAGGAGGUGCCCGCCCUAUGGCAGCGUGGCCGGGAAAAGACUUUGCCUGCAGCGCUGGGCAGACGCUUCCUCCAGAGCGCUCAGCACCGAGCUGCCCGCACUCUCCCACCUUCCUUCCUGCAGAGACAAAGCCUUCUGUAGCUCACAACUUACUGACCAAAGGGAAGCAAAACUGACCUCCAGGGCUGAUCGAGAGGGACCAGAGCCCUGGCUGUGAGGGACCUGCUCCCAGCCAGGGCUGCCUCUGCCCGUGCUGGCAGGGUCCAGCACUUGUAACUGCCAGAGUGUGAGUAGAGCCCUGAGCCCUGCCUGCUGCUUGGCCUCUGGGUAAUCCUUCCCCUCUGCUCUUGUGACCAGUAGUUUGUUCCUUCUGGGUUUUUUUAAAUCUUUACCUAUGGUUUAGGAGAGGGGAGGGUUUCAUUGAAGUUUCAGAGGACAGAAAUGAGACUUUGGGCUUGGAAAAGGCUGGCUCGCGUUCUCCACCUGCCUGCUGGUGGGCUCCUCCCUUCUGAAGAGGGGCACCUGUGAGGCUGGGCGUGCAGAGGAUGCGGGGACAGUGCCACUGCUGCCCGCUGCGUCCCCUCCUGAGCCAGCCAGCUGCGGGGGUGCCGAGGGGACACCCUGGGGUCCCAGGGGAGCGUUGGGCUCCACCGCUGAUGGAUGCAGCUCCUGCCGCCCAGGCUGGGGCUGGGUGGGCAGGCGUGGGGGGCACCCCGGCCUUCCCACAGUGGGGUUUCCUGUCCUGGCUGCUCCCCCCAGACCCCAACAAGCAGCAUCACCCUCAAUAAAGGUCUGCAAGGUCUCA